AUAAUGUGUUGAAUUCCCGCAUUUGUCACACAACAGUGCAAUAUUUGUAGGUAGCAGUAAAGGUGAUAGGUAGUUCUAAUGAUUCAAUGGAUUGUUACCUCUAAGUUUAACAAUGAUGUCGGAUAAUAUAGUCGCAAAUUGGCUAGGAUCUUUAAAUCUAGAUUAUUAUACCCAAGCAUUUUUCGAUAACGGCUAUGACGAAUUGGAAAUUUGUAAACAAAUAGGUGAUGCUGAUUUGGAUGCUAUCGGUGUCACAAAAAAUGCACAUCGUGAAAAAGUAUUGAGAGCCGUGACAAGACUGAAAGAAGAGGGUGGCACCUCUGUAUAUUUCACUUUGGAAAGUUCACAAUAUUCUUGUGAGGGAGAAGUGAAUUGUUUACCAACAGACACUAUCAGCACGUGUUCGUCAAAUAUUUCUUAUACGAAUUCUCAGCUGAUAAAAAUAAUCCGAGGAAGAAUCUUUAGUGAUAGUAUAGAUCUGUCAACUCUACCUUAUGUCAAACCUGAUGGUUUAGUAUGUACAAGCAGUAUAACAGCAUUAGCCGUACGAUAUUCAGAAGAACUAAAGGCAUCAAUAGACAGUGUAACAAUGGCCAUAGAGGAACUACAGCAGUGUAUACUCAAUGGAAAUUCAGAAUUAUUUUACUCAGCUACCCCAGUAAGCUCAAGUUCUUUGGCAAGUUUGUCUAGUGAACCUAGUUGCCAUAGUUACAGUUGCCGACCAGAAUUGCCGCCACCUAUUCCUAGCAUUCCGCCUCCAACAUCCAGUCAUAUAGAUAAAGCAGGCAGUCUUCACAGUAUUCCUACAAGAUAUUCUGGCAAUGCAUCAAUAAAGACAUAUGAUUAUGUAGUUUUGGAUUCAGGAAUGUGUUGUAUUCCAAAAGUCAAAUCAGAUAGAGCUAUUGGGGACAACAGAAAGUCUGGAACUCUGGGAAAAUUAUUUCGUAAUAUUGGGAUAAGACGGUCAGGAAGAAAACCAGGAUUUAAACAGCACGAAGGUGACCCAAAUGCCUUUGAUAUCACAAUGUCAGAUGAAGACAGAAUGGCUCUGAUGUUAAUGGUCAAAGAAGGGAAAAUAACUACCCAGCAUGCAAUAGAAGUGGUUAAAAGAUUUGAAGAUGAGAAAAGAAAAGAAAUUCUUCAGUUAGAAAAAGACAGAAAGAAGAAAAAAGGAAGACCUGUGAAGUCCCCAUCAGCAGGUUAUACAGAUUCUCCGAAGAAAUGUGGAGUUUGUCAGAAAUUGGUUAAAAUGGACAAUUCACCAAAUACACAUCAAAUGUGUUCAGAUCCUAGUCACAGAUUUGAAUGUUUUCAACAUCGUCGUGUUCAUAGUGUCAGCCAUCUUGAACAUUCUGCCAGAUCACCAGAUGCUCCUAGAUCUUUGUCUUGCACUCCAACUCGAGCUGCACCUGGCUCCACAAUUACCUCCCCUGUAAAUUUUUACCUACCAAACCACAGUCCUCGAGUGUACGCACCAGUUAUUCCACAUGAACUGAAAAUGCAUGGGCUUUCAGCUUUAGAAUGUCAACAUGGAAAUUUAAUGAAAACUUUAGCGUGUGUUCACGAUAAUUCAUCUCGCACCUCAUCUUUGUCUUUCGAAUCUGAGAUGGAUUGUCAAGGACCAACGCAUAGUGAUCUUGUCCCCCUCAGAAGUGAUGAAGUGGCUUACUGUAGCAAUUCUAGUGCUGUUUCCAUGGCAUCAGACACAUCACCUCCAGCAGGAGCAACAUGGGGUGUCAAGGCUGAAACUGGAGGUCAUUCAAGGUUAAAGUGCUGUUCUACCACAGAUACCACUAAGUCUGCCAGCUCAUCAGAGAGUAACCACAGUGGCUCCAGUGGCAUGAGAAGUUUGCAUAGUGCUAGUCCAAUGAGUGGAAAGAGUUCUGUAUCAAUGGAAGAUAACCUGUUGUCUGGUGCAGCAUGUCCUAUGGCUGUUAAAGUACACACAGAUUUUGUUCCAGGGAAAACAGAUACAGAUUUCCUUAAACUUGAGAAAGGAGAUGUGAUUUUUGUUAUGAAUAAGACUACAAGUGGUUUAUGUUAUGGGAAUAUAAAUGGUAGAAGUGGAUGGUUUAAAGCUUCCCAUGUGGAGCCCCUGGAACAUCAUCCUGCAGGACCUCAAUUAAAAUUCACUGCACAGAGAAACAAUACAAAAAGAUUUAAACCAAAGACUGUGACAGAACUGUUACAGAAACUAGGUUUGCAGCACUUAGAAGAAUUAUUUGUUCAGAAUGGUUUUGAUCACCUAGAAAGCUUUGCAGAGAUAGAUGAAGAUGACCUGAAUGCUUUACACAUUACUGAUCCACAGAAGAGAACUAAGCUUUUAACUGCUGCAGACUUCCUGUCGUCGGAUAUUGUCGUUGAUCAUAUACCAAAUGUGAACAGAUAUCUGAUGUACACUCCUCCCUGUGCUUCACCGGCCGGAGAACAGCGAUCAUAUCCUUCGAGUCGUGAUUCAGGAUGCUAUGCAAGCUGGGAACACAUCCAUAACAAAAAUCAUAAUUUACACAACCAAUCAAAAUUCCAUCCUCUGCAUUCCAAUAAGGAAAAUGUAUUUCCAGAAAAUGACUUUCAGGUUUCGAAAAACAAGUCUUCCAUUGGAGGAAAAAUUGAAAGCAAUUAUUCAGAGGAGGAUCGAGAAGUGUUUGAAUUAAUUAAACAUAAUUUGGAUAGUAACAAUGAGGAUUCUAGUCAGAAAGAGGGGGAUAUGGUGACUUGUUCCUAUGCAGAAACACAAACUUCUCCAAGUGAUUCUUCUAAGUCAAAUCCCAAAUCUCAAAUCCAUGUCUCAAAAAUCCAACAACAAACUGUGAUAGAAAGUCCGACUCAAAAAACAUUCAUACGGAAAAGUGUUCCGAGAAUGGGUUCUGUUGUGCGAGAUGCUCAAGUCCAAGUUAUGUCCCCUCUAGGAACUAACGAAAGACGAACAUUACCAAGUGAUGCCCAUAGACGGGUAUCGUCAGACAGCAUAAAUUCCUGUGCAUCGUCACAAAGUGAUGGCCAUCGUAGGAUAUUAUCAGAAACAUCAUCACUAAGUGAUGGCCACCGUAGGAUAUUAUCCGAAAGUAAUAGUUCUCUUACACCUUUACACAAUGUGCCGAAUUAUGACACUCCAAAACUUCGUACCAUAAAUGGUUCUGUAACGGAUAGUCCUGUUGCAGGAUACAGAAAGGUGAAAAAAUCAUUAGUUAAUUUAGUAGCAUCCAAGCUUGCCUCUGAAGCCAUAGACUUAUCUCAGGAACCUUAUUCAACCCAGUGUGGAGCUUGUGGUAUACCUCCAUUAUUUAUACAAAGAUACUCGGAUGAACUGAAGACAGAAAUUUCUAGUAUAGCUAUUGUAUUAGACCAAAUUAGAAUUCAUCAAUUACAAACUUCCAGAAAACCUGUGAUUCCAGCAGUUGAUAUAGCUACAACUUGCUCCAAAGCCUGUGAUUUAGACGUCUCAUCUGUCGAUGGUUUCUUCAUGUCUAUUGGACUACCAAUGUAUAGUGAAACAUUAAAAAGUGAAGGAGUUGCCUCCCUUGAACAAUUACUCACCAUGUCGGAUCAAACAAUCAAAGAGAGGAGUUCUGCCAGUUCUCGUCAUGUACGAAGAAUUUCGCAUGCUUUAGAUUGGGUCCAACGAAAAAUAUCUGCAUCGAGAGAUCCUGUUUUGAAUAACGAGCCUGUUGAAGACCGUGUGUGAUUUGUUAGAUAUCUUUUGUUCAAGAAAAAGUGCAAUGAUUUUCUUAGUUUUAGUUAUCUGUUCUUAGCUCUAAAGUCUGUUUGUAUUUUAAUUUAUUUAGUUUUAGUAAGUUUCUAUUUAUUUAUAAGUUUUCAGUAUCUUAUUUGAUUGUCAAGUGUCUAUAGAUAUAAUCUGUUUAGACAAAAAACAUUUUUAGAAAUAGACUCAGAUAUUUUUUUAUCUUCUUUGCAUGGUUAAAAAUAAAACCCUGCAUGCAAAAGAAUUUUAUUAAAUUGAUAGUAUUUUUAUAUCAUUAGUAAGUGUAUUAAUUUUUUUUAUGAACAAUACAGAAGAUUGUCUAAACAUUUUAAUUCAGUUUUAAGGAAAAUACCUUUUUUUAUAAAAAUUUGUCCUAAUGACCACUUUUUAAAUUCAAAAUCAGUUGACUUCCUGCAAGUAUAUACUGUAUAUUCAGAAAAUAUUGCGAGGUUUUUAGUAUUGCGAAAAACGCGACAGAGUUGUAAACGCAAUAAUUCAAACUAGCAUUUCAAUUUUUUUUUAUAUGAAUAGUCCAAAUGAAGAAAUCUCAAAAAUAAAUGCAUGCAAUAAUUUCUGAAUUUACAACAGUAAUUAUAUAUCAAAUGUACACUGAUUGAAAUAGGAUAUUUUAAAUAUCUUUAAAACUUUUUAUUUAUUCACACAUUUUUCUUUAAUCAACUUUUAACGAAAGUAAAUUUUAGUGCUGAUAAAAAUGUAUCUUUUUGGAUCCUUUUUGGAUUUGUCUAGUUCAAGUUUUGGUUUGAGUUGAUAUUACCACUCAGAUUACAAUUGAGUACACAUGUUCAUUAUAAUGUGAGCUUUUUAAAAUAUAUGUCAAAUAAGUGUGUUGAACCUUUAUUUUGCAGUUCACAGAACAUAAUACACAUAAUACAUGAUAUUGUGAAAAGGGCAUUGUGUAAUGGGCACACACUCUUGUAUUCCAUUUUUAUUCUACAAAUUGUAUCUACACUAUGCAAGACACAGAUGAUGAUAUUUUUUUCAAAAUGUUACUUUAGAAAAUAAUCUAUGUUGAGAUCUUAGAAAUAAAUGUAUUGCUAAUUUAAGUUUUUAGUUUAAUUGUCAUUCAUUGCAAGUUACAAAAAUACUUAAUUAAUAUAGAAAAAGUAAAAAUCGAUACUAAAAAGGAAAUAGUGCUACUUCUAAUAAAAAAUUAAAAAAUAUUUAUUCUAAGCAGUGUCUUACAAUAUUUGAAAGUUGUGUUUAAAACGUAAAGGAUUUUUAUUCUUACUAAAUAGUUUUGAAAUAUUAUAAUUAUUUUUUUAUUUUAUAAUUUGCCAAUACAACUGCACAAAACAGUGUUAAAGAUCUCUUACAUUGAAAGAUAAGAUACUUUUAUAAAAGAGUUUAAUGAAACUCCUUAAGAAAUGAGGAAAUAUAUGGUUUUUAAUUGUAAUGUGAACAUAUUGCCAUUUAGUUUGAUCAUGCUAGCUGAUAUUCUCUGUACAAAUGAAUAUACCAUUGUCAUUUGAGGUUAUCAAAUUUUGAUAAUACAUAAAUAACAACAGUUACUAAGGAAUUGACAAAUAUCAUCCAAGAGAUUGCUGAUCAUCUUUUUGUAAUAAUAACUCGGCCAUUGUUCUAUAUGUAAACUUUGUAUGUAUUUUUAAUCAUGCAUGCAACUAAUUACAGAUAUUUGAUAAUGAUAAAUAUAAGUAUUGUAGACAAAAUGAGAAACAUUUGUCAGUUAUUUUUUAUGUUGGCCCAGGGGAGACAAUUAUAUAAGUUCUUUGUUUUUUAUCUCCCUUUAUGUAGCUUUGUGGUUAGGUAAAAUAUCUAUCUAAUAUAUCUUGGUGAUAUUUUAUUCACAAAAUUUAUUAAUUCUAUGAAUUAAAUUUUUAAUAAAAGCAGAUCUGUGUAUUCAGAAACUACAGCAUUGUAUAAAUAGGGUAUGUUGGUAAUCACAUUUUAAAGUUUCUGGUUUUACUCUUUUUCAGAAAUUAUUUAUUUUUUAAGUGAUGAUGAAUUUCACUGUUGGUAUUCUGCUUGUAAACACAAAGCCAUAGAAUGGAAAUUUUAUUUGAUUUGUCCUUUUUAGCUCACCUGGCCCGAAGGGCCAAGUGAGCUUUUCUCAUCACUUUGCGUCCGGCGUCUGUCGUCGUCGUCCGUCGUCGUCGUCGUCCUGCGUCCGGCGUUAACUUUUACAAAAUUCUUCUCCUCUGAAACUACUAGGCCAAAUUAAACCAAACUUGGCCACAAUCAUCAUUGGGGUAUCUAGUUUAAAAAUUGUGUCCGGUGACCCGGUCAACCAACCAAGAUGGCCGCCAUGGUUAAAAAUAGAACAUAGGGGUAAAAUGCAGUUUUUGGCUUAUAACUCAAAAACCAAAGCAUUUAGAGCAAUUCUGACAUGGGGUAAAAUUGUUUAUCAGGUCAAGAUCUAUCUGCCCUGAAAAUUUCAGAUGAAUCGAACAACUAGUUGUUGGGUUGCUACCCCUAAAUUGGUAAUUUUAAGGAAAUUUUGCUGUUUUUGGUUGUUAUCUUGAAAAAUAUUAUAGAUAGAGAUAAACUGUAAACAGCAAUAAUGUUCAGCAAAAUAAGAUUUACAAAUAAGUCAACAUUACCGAAAUGGUCAAAUGACCCCUUUAGGAGUUAUUGCCCUUUAUAGUCAAUUUUUAACCAUUUUUCGUAAAUCUUAGUUAUCUUCUACAAAAAUCUUCUCCUCUGAAACUACUGCGCCAUAUUAAACCAAACUUGGCCACAAUCAUCAUUAGGGUAUCUAGUUUAAAAAUUGUGUCCGGUGACCCGGUCAACCUACCAAGAUGGCCGCCAUGGCUAAAAAUAGAACAUAGGGGUAAAAUGCAGUUUUUGGCUUAUAACUCAAAAACCAAAGCAUUUAGAGCAAUUCUGAAAUGGGGUAAAAUUGUUUAUCAGGUCAAGAUCUAUCUGCCCUGAAAAUUUCAGAUGAAUCGAACAACUAGUUGUUGGGUUGCUACCCCUAAAUUGGUAAUUUUAAGGAAAUUUUGCUGUUUUUGGUUAUUAUCUUGAAAAAUAUUAUAGAUAGAGAUAAACUGUAAACAGCAAUAAUGUUCAGCAAAAUAAGAUUUACAAAUAAGUCAACAUUACCGAAAUGGUCAAGUGACCCCUUUAGGAGUUAUUGCCCUUUAUAGUCAAUUUUUAACCAUUUUUCGUAAAUCUUAGUUAUCUUUUACAAAAAUCUUCUCCUCUGAAACUACUGCGCCAUAUUAAACCAAACUUGGCCACAAUCAUCAUUGGGGUAUCUUGUUUAAAAAUUGUGUCCGUUGACCUGGUCAACCUACCAAGAUGGCUGCCAUGGCUAAAAAUAGAACAUGGGAUAAAAUGCAGUUUUUGGCUUAUAACUCAAAAACAAAAGCAUUAAGAGCAAAACUGGCAUGGGUUAAAUUGUUUAUCAGGUCAAGAUCUAUCUGCCCUGAAAAUUUCAGACGAAUCGAUAGUCAAUUUUUAACAAUUUUCAUAAAAUUUGUAAAUUUUUACUAACACUUUUAACUGAAACUACUGGGCCAAUCAUUAUAGAUGGGGAUAUAUGUACGCAGCAAGAAUGUUCAGUAAAGUUAGAUCUACAAACAUAUCACCAUCACCAAAACACAAUUUUGUCACGAAUCCAUCUGUGUCCUUUGUUGAAUAUUCACAUAUACAAAUGUACCAAGGUGAGCGACACAGGCUCUUUAGAGCCUCUAGUUUUAAUGAAUAUCUGUGUGGAUUCAAUUUUAACAAGACUUCUUUUAAUUCUACCAAAGGCAUUUUAAUGGCAUAUGAAAUCAAAAUUAUUUAGUGUUUAAAUUCCCAAAUGGCAAAAUCCAGUGUUCUAAUUUAAUUAGAUUGAUUAAGUUAUGUUAUAAUUUCAAACCAUAUAAAUAUAUGCGUAAAUGAUUUAAGUUAUUUUUGUUGUUGAGAAAGUGUUAUGGCUGAAAGCCAAAGAUCACAUGAAUUGUUGUGUUUUGUUAUGUAAAAUAUACUGAUAAUAAAUCUAUUGAAUUUC